AAAAUACAAUAGUAAUUUAAUUUUAUAAAAAGUAAACCAAUAAUUACUCACAAACAAAAAAGCAAACAAAAUUUACUAUCACUUCACUUUCACAAAAAGCACAAAACAAAACAAAAACACAAAAAUAUUUAAAGCUUUGUAAGUCCUAGUAAAAUGACAGGAUCUUAAGUUAAUAGUGGAGAUGACAUUACUAAAAGUCCCUCUACAUUAUUUACAUCUAACAAGGCAGUUAAUUUUUCUGAUAGGAACACAGUUCCAAGCGAAUCAGAUUUAAUGUUUAAUAGUUCUUAAGCUUUAAUGAAUGAAGGUUUUAAGAGGAAGGCUAUUUUAGAAUGGGAAAUAUCUCCUAUAAAGUUACCUCCAUAAAAAAAUUAACAAGUUACUAAUUUAACCACAAGCCAUUAAUUCAGUAGCUAAUAAACAUACGAUUCGAACCAAAAUUUAGAUAAAAUUAACUUAAAAUAAAUAAAUUAAAUGAUAAAACCCACCACUCUGACAACUGAAGAAGACUUACAUCAUGAAAAUAACUUGAUAAAUGGAAACAAAGGAUAGCAUGUAAAAAAGAAAAGUAUUUCAAUUUAAAAUAAAAUUCUGUCAAAUAUACUUAAAAAGUCAACUUCUAAUCAUAUAAACGAGUUUAAUAAAUAAAUAUAAAGUAAUGCCACCGUUUAGAUAACUCAAAAAUAGAUUAAACAAUAACUACAAGCAACUUUACAAAACCCAGAAGCAACUGAUAAAUAAAUUAAUUAAGAAUAUCUUAGACAUCGAACUAACACUCAAGAUCUUUUUUAUUUUAAGAAUAAUAGCAACUAUAAAAACAUAGUCAUGUCACUUCUAUAAAGCUAGCAAAUGGAUUAAAACAAAGAAUUAGCACUCUCUAUUUCUAAUAAUGGAAUUCAUUAUUUACCUAACUAGAAUAAUCUCACAAAAAGUGCCAACAACCCUUUCUUAACAACAAAAAGUAGCUCUGAAUUUUAACCUUCUUCUUUCAGUAAAAGCAAAAUUCAUCAAAGAUCGUAAAACUCCUUUUAUAAUCUGCUAAGCAAGAUAUAAAAUAAUAUUGAAUAAAAUGUUAAUACCAAACGUGAGCCAAGACAAUCUAUAAAGCCUUCCUUUUUUUAAGCACAAGAUUAAAAUAAUCCUUAAUAGAAUAAGUAAAAAAAUAACUAAGAAAAUAUACAGCCUAUGAGUUGCAAAUUUUCAACAUUGAUUAAAGAAGAAUGUGAAGAUUCAUAAAAUAUUUUAUUUAAAGCGAAUAACAAGGCUAAAAAUUUUAACUAAAGAAAAAAUUCUCUUAAUAUUCCUGUCUGCCAUUUAGAUUUAAAUUAAAAAUCGAAAAAUUCAAAAUACUUCUUCCCAAGUGAAACUGACCAUGAUUCAACACCAUUUAGCAUACCAAAGAAUUAGUUUUAAUAUCAUUACCGUGACAAUUCCUACCAACUUAUAUAAAACGAUGAAUAUGUAAAAGCUAAUUAACUUACUUCAAAUGCAUUUUCAAAUGAAAGCACAAAAAAUACUGACACAGAAAGAAGUAUAGGUAGAUAAAGAUCUAAUGCUUAUUCCUCCUUAGCUGGUAAUCUUGAUGAUAUAUAUAAAAAACUAUAAACUAUGAAGUCUUUACAGAACGUUGAGCACAUUUAAAAUAAAUAAAUAAAUUAAAAAAGCUAAUGA